GUUGAGGGCUCCAAGUUGGCAAAGAUGCGAUACCAGAAAAUGGUAUGGAGGAUGCCAGUGACGACGUCUUUGGCGUUAGCCUUGUCGGCGAACACGUCGAUGCUGAAUGAAGCAACUCGUCGCUCUUCCAUGAUGAGAGUGAUGAAUGGCGACUAUCUCAUGUCGCGAAGAAGGCUGCUGAACUAGAUCUGUCCAUGUCUCUAUCAACAACAAACGAUGUUUCCAGAUGGAUGUGACUGAUUGCGACGAGGAGAGCUAUGUUGCUAUCACCCGCAAUCUGGCUGGUUGGUGCACGCGUGGGGAAUCGCGUCCGGCCCGAGAAAUACGUCAGCGAACCUCUCCAACUCCGACAACGGUCUGUGGAAAGGUCAGCAUCAGUAGCAGGUACUGCCUCAUGCCCGCUUCUUAUCCAAGCCUCCAGCUCACCAGAGAACAGGGUGGAUGUCUGAUGAGUUCUGCGGCUCGUCCAUGUGCUGCUCCGAAUCUCUACAUGCCCUCGCCUCGACAUGCACACCCUCCACUGAUCUGCAAGCCCGGCCAGCAUGCAUUAAGCAUCGGAGCUUUCCGCUUCGCCAUCAAGCACGCGGGAGCACGCUCUUCCUCGGCCGCAGACAGCGAUGCUAGGACUGCCAAUGGCCACCACAUCACUUCACGUAAAUCAAACUCUCUGCAGGCUUGCCGUCCAUGCUGAACUUGCCUACUCUGUCAAAUGAUCUUUUCCGACAAAAGCUCUCGUGCUCAUCGGACUGCCGCUUGCCAAGUCGCUUUCAUCAAAGACAUUACGCUAGGAGAUGCACCUCAAUCUAUCAAUUACCUCAGAGAAAGCAUGAGCACCGCCUCCAGACCCUCUGCUGUGGCAACGUAGGCUCAUGAGCCCAUGUCUCCAUGAGAUAUCACCAUCGUCCAGGGUCAU